AUGGCCAGCACGGCGUCCGCAGAGGCGCCUGCCUCGCCCGCCGCGGCCGAACAAGCUCAAGGCUACACACCUCCUCCCGCCGAGAAGCCCUCCGACACGCGACGACGGAGCUACAUUGUCUGGUCGUACUGGCUCAUCGUCGUCUUCCUCGGCCUCCCGAUCUGGUGGCAGACGACGGCCAUUCACCGCGCCAGCCUGCCGCUGGAUGGCAUGAUGCAAUGGGCCGAUGGCAAGGCUUGCCGUCCCGUCUUCCCGCUGCAAAUCGAGAUUCGCGCCGACGCGCUCCAGGAGGCCGAAGCGCAGCACCUCGUGCGCCUGACCCAGCACGCCCUCGACGACCUCAACGAGUUCUCCGGCCACCACCUGCGCCUGCAACUCGCCCCGAAGAACGGCGCGCGCGCCGCCCCCGACGACCCCGAACCCGCCCUGACCAUUCACUGCCGGCCUGGCACCGCCGCCACGUCCUCGCUGAGCCCGGAGGAGCCGCGCCUCGACAUCACCUACCCGCCCGGCGCCGCGCCGCAGCUCACCUCCGCCUCGUCGUCCCCGCUCGCCACGUACAUCACCAACGAGCUGCGCGCCACGUUUGCCGAGGAGCAGUCCAUCAUCGCCUACUUGCUGUCGACGUCCUCCAUGGCCGCUGCCGGCGCGCGGCCGCCGAGCCUCGCGCCCGAGGUCGCCGAGGCGCUGUCCAGACGCACGACGCGCUCCCUGCGCUACUCGCCCACGUACCACCUCACCUUUUCCCUCUUCACCGACCGCGGCCUGCCAAACGCGUGGGACAUUGAGGCCGCGCUCGAAGAGUACAUCCGGCCCCUGCUCGAGGUGCUCAAGCCGAUUCACAACUUCACCGUGGACACGCAGGUCCAGCUCUACGCCACGCCCGGCGGCGCCCAGCAGGCCGAGGUGCUCACCAAAGAGGCUCUGUCGUCGUUUAUCAACGCCGCCGAGUGGCCGCUGUCGCCCUUUAUCGGCGGCGCGCCCACGGUCAACUUCUUGCUCUACGUCGGGAACCAGACCAUCCAGCUCGACGGCGACGACAGCACCAACACGGCGCAGUCGUGGAUGAUCCCGCAGUGGGGCACCGUCUACCUCCUGCCCCUGCCCAGGGCCGACGCCCACGUGUCGCUGGCCACGCUCAAGCAGCCCAUGCUCACCUUUGGCGGGCACCUGCUCUCGCUGCUCGGCACGCCCGUGUCGGGCUCGCUGCCGGUGCGCCUCUCCUCGCUGACGCGCAUCCGGUCCACCGACCUGCUGCUGCGCGCGUCGUCGUCGCUCGGCUCGCUGGCGCGUCUCACGGAGAAGCUGCCGUCGAUUGCCAUCCCGCAGAGCGUCGCCGACGGCGUCGAGACGACGCUGCGCCACCUCGAGCAGGCCUGCGCCAACCUCGGCGGCGUCCAGGGCCUGACGCACGCCCGCAUCGCCGAGCAGGAGGUGGAGCGCGCAUUUUUCGAAAAGAGCAUGGUCGGCCAGCUGUACUUUCCCGACGAGCACAAGAUUGCCGUCUACCUGCCCCUGCUCGGACCCAUUUCCGUGCCGCUCGUCAUGGGCCUGAUAUCGGAGCUGAAGAAUUGGAUCGCGAGGCGCAAGAAGAGGGCAGAGGAAGCAAAGGAGAAAAAGGCACAAUAG